AUGACCAUCUACGCCGACAAUGCGCCUUCAGUGGCUGGCAGUGUCAUUAUGCUGACAUCCGUUGCCUUGAUAACUUAUGCCUUGCGAGUCUAUUGCAGACUGACUUGCAAGUCCUGGGCAGCAGAAGACUGGAUCAUGACGUCUGCAGUGAUACCUUUUGGCGUACUUGUGGCGGGAUGUGUCGGGGGUGCAUUCAAUGGAAUUGGUAUUCAUGCUGCGAGGCUUGAAGAGCCGGGGAAUGAGAAAUACUUUGCGGGAGGGCAGAAGUUCUUUCUGAUGUUCGAAGUGGGUUAUUGUGCUGCGAUUAUCCCAAUUAAACUCAGUAUUAGCUUCAUGUUGAUUCGAGUGGCUGAGGGGCGCAAGGUGUAUAUUCAUAUUCAAUAUGUAUUGAUUGCUGUGUUUGUGACGAUGAAUGUGGUUGCGUUGAUUAUUAUCCUCAUCAACUGUAUUCCCAUUGCUGCCGCCUGGGAUCCAAGUCUGCUGGAAAAAGGAGGCCACUGCCAGGAUCCUCAUGUGCUGGCAGAUGCCUACUAUGCCUGUACUGCUGUCAAUAUUGUCACGGACUGGACAACCGCCCUUAUGCCUAUUCCGUUGCUCUGGAAUGUCCACUUGAAACGCAACACCAAGAUCUCCAUCAUCUGUCUGAUGAGCCUGGGUAUAUUCGCAUCUUUGUCUGCGUGCGUCCGUCUCAAGUACACCGUCAACCUCACUGACCAGACCGACUUCCUCUUCGGCGUCGCCAACGUCGUCAUCUGGGGCUUCGCCGAAAACGCCAUUGGCAUGAUCGUGGGUAACGUGGCUACUCUACGCCCGCUGUUCCGUAUUUCGGGGAGUCGAAAGCCCUCGGGCAACUACUAUUCCAGUGAAUACGCGAACAGCCGCUCUCGCGGAUUCUUCAGCUCCAAGCGUUCAGAUCCUACCAUGCUUGUAUCUUUGGAUGACUUGGAACUGGGCAGAGCCCAAAGCCAGAGUGGUACUAGUCACCAUCGAAGGACAGAUUCCAAUGCUGUGGCAGAGGGUGCAGAGUCGAAGAAUCAGAAGAAGGAUAGGAAUAUCUGGUCGAGGAGCGACAAGGACAGCCAGAAGUCUAGUGGACCGGUUGAUAUCUUCGUCGAUAAACAGGUGACCAUUACGUAUCAUUAGAAGCUGGAAGGUAACAAGGAUAGUGAGACGAGAUGAGACAAUAAUAUGGCAUUCAGCACUGGAUCGAGUCACCGGAGAAGGAGCAGAUCGUGUCUUUGUAG